ACCAGGCCACACCAGCGGAGCCACCCAAAGCGAUGCGUGGGUCUUCCCCGCGUCGCCGCAUUGAAUUGCUGCGGUCGCGGCCGUCGCCGUCCCACUCCCCCACCCGACUACCUACCCCUCGCCUCCCCCGCCCUCCCCGCCGCCGCCGCGCGCCUCCGGGCUCCGCGUAAGAGCUACCGUUCCCGCCUCGGCCUCGGCCGGCGCGCGCGGCGAGGCGAUGUCGCUGUCGCCGGCGGACGGCGCGGCGUACUGGCUGCGGUGGCAGGUCUUCGUCUGCGGCGCGCUCAUCGCGCUCCCGGCGGCGGCCGCGGCGGCGCUGCUGCCGCGGCUGCGGAGGGCGGUGCCGCCCCUGCGCGCCACCGACCUGUGGGUCCCCUGCUGGGCGCGCCUCCACCCGGGCUGGCUCCUCGGCUACCGCGCCUUCGCGCUCGCCGCCGCGGUCGCGCUCCUCGCGCGACUCCUCAUCGGCCACGGCAUCUCCGUCUUCUACUUCUACACCCAGUGGACCUUUCUAUUGGUCACCAUAUAUUUUGCGUUUGCAACAGCCAUAUCAGCUCAUGGAUGUUGGGUGUACUCAAAGAAAAGCUCAAGGAAAGCUGAUGAAUCCCAUGGAUUUCUUAAUGACGAUGUUGAAAAUCGUGGCCUUUCCUCUUCUGUAUCUGUAGAGAGGGAAAAGGAUGAGACGAACAAGUUGCCGAGCUAUUAUGAACAAAUAGUGAACGAGAAAAGAGCUGGGUUCUGGGGACGUUGCAUGCAAAUCAUAUACCAGACUAGUGCAGGUGCAACAAUGUUGACUGAUGUCACAUUUUGGGGGCUCCUUGUGCCAUUUUUCUACCGUGACAAGUUUGGGUUAUCAUUGGUCACUGAUGGCAUGCACUCUCUAAAUGCCGUUUUUCUACUCAUAGACACAGUUCUCAACAAUAUGCCUUUUCCCUGGUACCGAAUGGCUUUCUUUGUUUUCUGGAGCUGUGCCUAUGUAACAUUCCAGUGGGUUCUUCAUGCUUGUGGUGGCUUAUCCUGGUGGCCGUACCCAUUUCUGGACCUUUCAUCGUCUGGAGCCCCUCUAUGGUACUUCGGCAUGGCCAUCGCUCACAUCCCCUGCUUCUUUCUUUACUGGUUGAUCGUGAAGGCGAAGCACGCUUACUUCCCAAGGAUGUUCCCACAUGCUUAUGCUAGGACAGUAUAGAUCCAUUUAUCUGAUUACGGACAAGGAUACAUCCCGUAUAAAUAUUGGUAGCAAACUAUUUGACGGUCGCUAGGUUCAAGCGUAUACCAGCAUAAGCAAAGACAAAAGGCUGCCAAAUUUGGUUGCUUUGUAAAUCCUGCAUGAGAUCAAGAGAAGGCAUGAUAGCAGGAGAGGACUGAUUAAUGGCAUUAGUAGCAGCAGGUCUCCCAUUUGACAAAUUUCUGUCUGAAGCUGCAUGAGAAUCAAACAAAAAGGAAGAAGCUAUGUCUGCUCUUACUUCAUGAUUUAAUCUACUCACAGACCAUUUGUUAUUGUUAAACCUGUAAUCAUUCCUCGCUUUCCAAAGCUACCAAAGCCUAGUAAAGACUUCUUGCAACU